UGUGGCAGCUGACUGACGUAGUGGAGACGUCGUUGAUCUGCUGGACCGCAUCGACCGAGCUCCCCGCUGCGACCACGCCACGCAUCGGGUCUUACACACACCACCAAGACCUCUAACCGUACACCGAUAAGCCAUGACGGCUCUCAUCCAAGUCCCGCUUGAACACAAGAAGGUUCCGAUGCAGGAGCUACCCGAAGAGGUCGCCAAGGACAUGUCUAUGGUCGUGCAGGUCCAGGAGAAUAUCGAUAUUACGUUGCUACAGGAGCGCAUCCGGGCUGGCGGUAGGGAGCUCUGGGACCCUGCCAACCAGAAGGACAAUGUACCCGUGCGCCGCGCUGGUCACGACACGUGGGGCAUCGGCAAAGUCGUCUUUAUCUUCUGUGAUGAUUACCUCCAAAAAGUGUUCACGUUCCCGUGGUUCCACUCGUGGCAGAAGGAGCUCAACCCCGUCUUCGAGCAAAUCAAUGUCCCCGUGAACCGCGUUGUGCGCUGCAUCCUGGCCUCCAUGCCGCCUGGAGCAGAUAUCCCCGUGCAUCACGACACUGGAUCCUGGGUGCACUUCACACACCGCAUGCAUAUUCCAGUGUUCACGAGCCCGGAUAUCGACUUCAUGGUGGGUCCCAACGACCAGAACAUGCAGCGCUACGAGCUCAAGCAGGGCAAUCUCUACGAACUCAACAAUAUCAGUCGCCAUCGUGUCAAGAACAACUGGGACCAACACCGCGUGCACUUGAUCUUUGACUAUGUAGACGAAAGCUUUCCCAUUAACCGCAUGGAUCUCAAGCAAGGCACAACUGUCUGGCAGACACGUCGCUCGGUGGAUCUAUCAACUGACUAUGGCAAGCGCGUACCGCCCUCGUUCGUCGUUAUUGGAGCACAGAAGGCCGGCACUACUUCUCUAUACGACUACAUCCUGCAGCAUGAUCUCGUGUGGCCUGCUAAGCGCAAAGAGACCCACUACUUUGACUGGCGCUGGAACAAAGAACUGCCCGAUCCGUCGACACCUGAGGGUGCCGAGAAGCACCUUCGAUACUUCGAGGACACCUUUCUGGAGAGGAAGAUCUUGUACCGGUUUCCGUCACUCAUGUCAGGUGAGGCUACGCCCAGCUACAUGCUCGGCGGAAAGACCGUGAUCACCCGGAUGAAACAAGUGAUCCCGCACUGCUGCAAGAUUCUCGCUAUCAUGCGCAACCCCGUAGAGCGCGCGUAUUCUCACUACUCGAUGACUGCAGACACGGAGGGAUCCGAGAAACAGAAGCGCAACCGUGGCCAUCAUCAUCUCCAAGGCCGCAGCUUUGAGCAGAUCGUGGACGACGAGAUCGAAGAGCUCUCGAAGCUUGGUGUGCACCCGGACAUGUGCUUCGAGGAGUUUGAUGAAAAGAUCAUGCACAAACGUCUUGCCUUCGACCACGGUGCUCACUCGUUCGUUGCUCGUGGUCUGUACGCGCUGCAGCUGUCGGGAUGGAUCGAGGCGUAUGGAAAGGAGAACGUGCUGUUGCUCACGCUAGAUGAGUUCAAGACUACAGAGAACCUUCAUGAUACCAUGGACAAGGUGUUCAACUUCUUGGACCUGCCGUACCACCGCAUCAGGGAUACGACAGCCAAGAACACACGCAAGUACGACCCCAUCAACGAUGCAGUUCGUGCCAAGUUGACGGCAUUCUACGCGCCGUACAACGAGAAACUCUAUACGCUUCUCGACCGUAACAUGGGCUGGUAAAAACGAUAGGUACUGCAUUAUUUCAUUUACUGCUUGGGAAUCUUCUUCAGCAAUAUGUCUGUUUCUGUUUGUUCACUAAACAAUCGUCGUUGGAAGUCCAUGUCCACUUGCUCACCC